GCUGCCACAAACCGGCGGAGAUCGGAGGGGAAGGAGCGCACUGCCGGAGCUGCCGGGAGAGGGAACGAACAGAGAGAGACAGAGAGAGAGAGAGAGACACACACAUAUACUGUCAAGUAGAGAGAGAGAGAGAGGGAGCGGGCAUAGAAGAGCGUGUUUCAGCGAACAAACGCACAGUUUGCAGGAGGAGUGCGGAGAGGCUGCACGUUUAUUUUCUCCCGAUCAGUUUUACGCACGCCGGAGCCAGGAGAUCUUGUGGUCUCUUUUGCGCAAGAGCAAACUGUUACCGGGACAGUGUAUUAAGAGGGAAAUCGAUGGGGAAAUAUUUCCUUCUUUCGUAAUCACAUGUGCUUUUACCAGGUAAAUGCGCAAUUGGGAAGAGAAACCACAGCAAAAUAUUUUGGGAUAUUUUAUCGAGACAAGGAGGAAACACUUUUUUUUUCAGCUUUUGGCAAACUUAAUGCUUGUCGGCACAUGUUUCUGUUGGUUCCCGGUGGUUUCAACCAGUGAUUUCUACUGUGUUUGAAAUUAAUGAUUUUGUCUGUCAACCAGUGUGUCGGCAAGGUUUAUAUUCCCCACGCGCGUUGUGACUGACUAGGGGACACAGUGCUACCGACUGCGCGCACCGCAAUGGAUUUUGAGGGUUUAAAAUGUGUUUAGAGUAGAAGUCGCGCUGAUUUCAGAUCAAUUUGCGCAGAGUAUUUUCACCAAGAGAAGAAGCACACACCGAGUCGUGCAAACAGUGUGAAAACAUUGUUCAUAACCAGCGCGACAUUCUUGGAGAGCCUGGUGAACGCAACCCGGCAUUGGUGGAGGAUUUCGGGCACUGAUUGUGUUGCGCUUCAAAGACAUACAGAACUGUGGAAAAGGAGAGGAAAAGCGGACUUUGGACUGCAGCUUUGUCUCAGAUAUACAGAAUAAAACAACAGAGGAGGAGAAGAGGUGUUUUUUUCUCCACAUCCAGGGAAAAAAGAUGGAUUUAUUCAUAUGGCUCUGUGGAUGUUUACUGGCUUUUCUCUUGCCUUCAGCAAUCAAAGCAGAGGAAGGAGCGUCUGAGCCAUGCGGUGGCUUUUUAGAUGCCAGCGAUGCCGGAUACAUCACCACUCCCGGCUACCCACUGGAGUACCCACCCCACCAGAACUGUCGCUGGGUCAUCACAGCCCCAGAGCCUUCACAGCGCAUCGUUCUCAACUUCAACCCGCACUUUGAGAUAGAGAAACUGGACUGCAGGUAUGACUAUGUAGAGAUCCACGAUGGGAACUCGGAGUCGGCUGACCUAUUGGGGAAGCACUGCAGCAACAUCGCCCCUGCACCGAUCAUAUCGUCAGGGCCAUCACUCCACAUCAAAUUCGUAUCAGACUACGCCCACCAGGGGGCGGGCUUCUCACUGCGCUACGAAAUCUUCAAAACCGGUUCAGACUGUUCCCGUAACUUCACCAGUCCCUCAGGUCUCAUUGAGUCCCCGGGCUUCCCUGACAAAUACCCCCACAACCUGGAGUGCUCCUUUAUCAUCAUCGUGCCCCCCAGCAUGGAUGUCACCCUCACCUUCCUCACCUUUGACCUGGAGAACGACCCCCUGCCGGGCGGGGAGGGGGACUGCAAGUACGACUGGCUGGAAGUGUGGGACGGGCUCCCAGGAGUGGGCCCUCUGAUUGGUCGAUACUGUGGGACCAGGGUGCCUCCUGAGAUCCAGUCAUCUACUGGGAUUCUCUCUCUGUCCUUCCACACUGAUAUGGCGGUGGCGAAAGAUGGCUUCUCCGCUCGAUACAACAUGACACACAAGGAAGUCAGUGAGACUUUCCACUGUAGUAAUGCGUUUGGUCUGGAGUCAGGAAAGAUCACAGAUGACCAGAUCACAGCCUCAUCAAGUUUCUAUGAUGAACACUGGCUGCCACGACAGGCCCGACUCAAUUACAACGACAAUGGAUGGACGCCCAACGAAGACAGCAACAGGGAGUACAUACAGGUGGACCUGCAUACUUUAAAGGUGCUUACAGGCAUCGCCACCCAAGGUGCCAUUUCAAAGGAGACUCAAAAGGCUUACCAUGUCACCACCUUCAAGUUGGAAGUCAGCACCAAUGGGGAGGACUGGAUGGUCUACAGACAUGGCAAGAAUCAUAAGGUUUUCCAUGCCAAUACUGACGCCACGGAGGUGGUUCUCAAUCGGGUCCCACAGCCGGUCCUGGCCCGCUUUGUACGAAUUCGACCUCAGACGUGGAAGAACGGCAUUGCACUGCGGUUUGAGCUCUACGGCUGUCAGAUUACGGAUGCUCCCUGUUCAGAGCUGCAAGGCAUGUUGUCUGGGCUGCUACCUGACUCCCAGAUCUCUGCGUCGUCCAUGAGAGACAUCCACGGCUCCAUGGGGGCAGCCAGGCUGGUGGCCAGUCGGUCAGGCUGGUUUCCCAACCCGACACAACCAAUAGCUGGAGAAGAGUGGCUACAGGUGGACCUUGGUGUGCCGAAGAUGGUGCGUGGCAUUAUUACCCAGGGUGCACGAGGGCUGGAGGGCAGCACCAGCACUGAAAACAGAGCAUUUGUCAGGAAGUACAAACUGGCACACAGCUUGACCAGCAAAGACUGGACUUACAUCACUGACAGCAAGACUGGGUUUGCUAAGAUUUUCGAGGGAAACGGCCACUACGAUACGCCAGAGGUGCGGAGGUUUGAUGAGAUAGUGGCCCAGUACAUCAGAGUCUUUCCGGAGAGGUGGUCGCCUGCUGGGAUCGGCAUGAGGAUGGAGGUCCUCGGCUGUGACCUGCCUGAAACCACCACUGUACCUGACACUGUGACCCCCACCUUGCCCAGAGAGGAACAGACGACUGCUGCAAUGAGACCCGCCACCACACCAUCCCUGUCGGCUGUAUGUGACUUUGAGCAAAGCUUAUGCGGCUGGUCGGCUGAUCCCCAGUCAGGUGUGAGCUGGUUGCUGCACACAGCGAGCAGCAGUUCAACUGGACACGGCACACAUGGAACGAGGCAGGAUUUGGCGCUGGGAUCAGACAAUUUCUCAGGGAACUAUCUCCACCUGGAUGCAGGCGCCCACACCCAGCGCAAGCGAGCCCGACUGCUGAGCCCUGAGGUGGGGCCAGAGCAAGGCCCGCUCUGCCUCCUCUUCUACUACCAGCUCCAGGGCGAGGCACUGGGGAGCCUGAGGGUCCUGCUGAGGGACAGUGACCAGGAGGAGACGUUGCUAUGGGCUCUAAAAGGAGACCAGGGUUCUCACUGGAGGGAGGGCCGCACCAUCCUGCCCCAAAGCCCAAAGGAGUAUCAGGUGGUGUUUGAGGGUUUCUUUGAUCACCCGACCAGAGGCCACAUCAGGAUAGAUAACAUCCACAUGAGCAGCAGUAUCGAGCUGGAGCAGUGUACACAGCCUUUCCCUGCCUUAACUCCUGGCAUAACCAGGGGUGCCAUGUCUGGGAUGGAGCCCACAGUAGACACAGUGGCGGUGCAGCCUGUCCCUGUCUACUGGUACUAUGUGUUGGCGGGAGGCGGCGCCCUCUUGCUGCUGGUCACUGUUACCGUGGUGGUGAUACUUUGCUGUCAUCGGUACCACUGGGCGACCAAGAAGACCAGCGGUAGUCAUCAUCAUUCAGUGAUGUACCACAACAGCCAACAGCCAAAUCAGCAAGGUCACCAAAACUGCUACCAGAACCAAAACCUCAACUAUAAUCUGAUCCACAGCCCCAACCAAAACCACCUGUACCCAGGUACUGGGCAGAGUCUUGAACCCAUGCUCACCAUCAGGCUGGAGAAAGAUGACAGCUAUGAUUCCCAGUGUUGAAAACAACUGGACUACAUGUGAAUGAUAUAAUUUUAUUAGAAUGCUUUGUUCAAAUAAAGUGAUCAGAGAGUGUGAACUCAGCAGCAGUAUUCAGCAUAAUCGCCACUCUUCACUGAUGAGAAUCUACAUGGAAGCGACACUGCAGUUCCUGUUGUCGAUGACUGAUCUAAUUAACUGAUCAGGAUGCGCCUUGGUUAAACUUCCUUGUUGGCUGGAACUGGCAGAAUGAACUUCUGACAUUAAACUUUACCAAUAUCCCUCUCUGGGGAGGCAAAGAAAUUCAGUUGCCACUUUUGAUGGCUGACGACUACCUGAAAAUGAAAUGGAUUAUGAUCAGAGGAAAGAUUAAAUGACAGGUUGGCUGCCUUAUAGACUGUGGACAAAACAUACAUACAUGCAGGGUACAAUGUCAGUGUUGUAACAGCAUAGUUUCCUCUUAUAUAAGGAUAUGUCUGUGUGUCCUGCUCUGAUCUGCAGCUUGGACACUGGCUGCCUCCAAAUACCCUGUCUGACAGAGAAGGGAUUUACACACACAGGUACAGAGAGAUAGAUGUCACAAUGUGUGCUGCAUAAAAGAGAGGAGGCUAUUUCUUUGGGUCUGAAUGAAGCUGCUGUUUAUUUGUCCACUAGCCUUUGGGAGACUGAGAGUGACAGAGACAGAUUAAGAACAGAAAAGGAAGAGGUAUAGAAAGAAUUAGUGCUGCCCGUCCAGCCGUGACAGAUAGACAGCUACACAUCCACUGUGGGAAGCUCCUUUGGUCUGUGAACUGGGGAGGAAUCAGUGUUGUGUUGUUUUCUGUCUGGUUUACACAAGGGAAGGAUAGGAUGAGACAGCUUACAUUGCAUCCUGCAGACCUAGAAACAAACACACUCUCGGCAUCAGAACACACAAAGGCUCAAAAGUCUCACAUGCAUAUGCACGGACACUUUUCACUGGCUAAUAAUGAAUCUCUCGUGUUACCCUGAGUGCAUUUUUUUUUCAUUACAUCCGGAUAUGCCUUUUUAAAAAUGUGCUUUAAAACUAUUACCUCUUCACCUCCGGAACGAGCUAGUGCCUCAGUGUCUAAAUUAGAGUAUGAAUGGACUCUAUACAGUUUUUUUUUUUUUUUUGCCUGGAUAUCGUGGAUAACCCAAUGCCUGUCUGUUAAUGUUCAAACUAAACAUCUUUGUAUGACCUGCACACAUUAGACUGGGUGAAUGAAACAAAUCCAAAAACAUAUUGAGUAACUAAAGAUGAAGUUACACUUUUCUUUUAAGUCUGUUCAAGUUCAAAUCUUUACGUCUGUUAAAUAUUUUCUUGUGUUAUACGAGACGACAGAAUGUUUUGCAUACUAGUCGAAAAAAAACUGGUUCACGGCGGCCAUGAAAAUUCUCAGUUUUGCUUCUAUUCGACAGGUGAGACCAAACAUACGCUGUGAGAAAGAGCUUCUUAUGUAUGAAGCCUUUUAGAAAACCCAUGAACCAGGAUCACUGGUCAGUUCUUUUGAUCAUUUCAUUCGCAGUGAUCUGUCAAACAAUGCAGCACUAUUGACACAGCCCCCUCACGCACCAUUAUUGGUGUUUUCUUAAUUUAUCUGUUUAACUGUAUGUGUGUUAGCAAUUAUUUCUUUGAUAUUUUGCCAUGUUGAUAGAGUACAGAUGAGUUUGCAUAGAAAUUAACCAGACGAUUUUUGAAGUUGGGUUACAUGUUAUUUUGAAAUGUUGAGAGUAACUUUAGCACUUUUUUGCUUCUUCUUAACAAUCAUUUAUUGAAGGCUCUGAUGAUUUAUGACAAUUUCUUACAUUUACUGUGAAUCUUAAUAUAAAAAAUAAGUUGAGAAAUGUACUGGUUGUGAAUUAAGUACCAUUUUUUCCUUACAAUAGUUCUACAUUCUGAUGUUUAAUAGUUAUACAAUGUUUAUUUUUUUAUACUUACUGACUCAUCGUUUUAAGGCAACAGUCCUGUUGAUUGUGUUCACUGAGAUGAUCUUAACAACUUUUCUUGACUUUUAUUUGAUGUCAAAUCCUCAAGUUGAAGCCAUUUUGCAACAGAAUAUGUUUGUCCCUUAUUUUAAGCAUCCACCUUUAAGCUUAAAUCAGACAUGGACACAAAACGGAAGCAAAUGAGUACGUUUUCACUAAAAUUAUUGAGAUGAUAUAAAAACCAAAAAACAUAUUAAUUCGCCUGGUUUUAGUAUGAGAAGUCCUGAUUCAACUUCUAUUCAGAUCCACGCCUGUGAAAUUGGGCACACCACUGUGGUACUCAGCAGCUCACCAUCUUGUGUUGUGUGCUACCCCCCCCUACAUCAUUUUGUUCAUGCCCAAAUCCCCCAGCCUUUUUAUCAAAACCCGCUUGUUCCUAUUCUACUCCUUUCCUUCAUCACAAAUCCUCCCAGUAAAAAACACAGGAGAGAAAAUGAGAGGCAGAAAUGGAGGAGAGCAAAAUCUCUCAGAGGAGAAGGGCCCAUUAAGCGAGGCCCCUUCCCCUCCAAAGAAUGCGCCCAGAGAUGGAGGAAGAUGAAAGAAGUAAAAAAAAACUGCUUUCUAAAGAUAGAUUUUUCUCUUACUCCGAGAGGAGGGCUAACAGGGAGGCAGGUUGGGGUUUGGAUUGAAGGAGGGAGAGAAUUGAAGGAGGAGGGCAGGUUGUUUGAAACACAAAAGCAGAUGAAAGAAGUCUUUUGGCAGAAUAGACAGUGUGAUGGAGGCACACAUUAUAAGCACACACACAGCUACACACACCAGCUAACACAGAAACCUGCGCUAGCAAAGAAUCCAUAUCUCUAACAAAUUUCAUUUAAGUCAUUUAAAACGUUGUUUCGUGCAUGUUCAAAAAUCUACUCUGCAGCUCUCCAUAUUGACGUAUUUCAUCAAAUUACGCCUCAUAAAAUGUGGCUUUGUGCUUUAGUCAACAAGUAUUUCAGUUAUUUGGUGCUUGCAUAUCCAUCCCAUCUCUCCUUCCACUCAAAUCGACUUGUGUAUGAUUUACACAUUAUAUGACUCAUUCUAGCAGCCUUGUGCUGUAACCCAAUCAAUGUGGGUCCGAAAUUCAAACAGAGAAGUGAUAUAUGACUGUAUUUAUGUUGUGCUGCCAAUGCACUUUUCUCUUUCAUUCUCUCCGUCAAACUUUUUGCAAGAUUUGGAAAAUGUGCUGGCGUCUUUUCAUGCAGCGCUUUUAAAUCAACCUUCCCUCACUUCCCUCUCCCUUCUCCAUCACAGACUACUUUGAAGCCCUUUAAUAUUUCUAAUUAGUUAAUGGAGCUGAUUGCAUUCAUAAAACCCUGCGGUAAGCACUUUUAGCCCUCAGGCCAUCUCUAUUUUUUUUUCUUUCUGCCUCCUCCUCCUCCUCUGUUUCCUGGAGAAAUAUUACGAGUAAAAGCACUCUAACAGGUCCUCAGGCCCCACUGGAAGAGCGUACGGUGCCAAAGAGCCAUCCAUGUCUUUGCCUGUAUAAAAAAAGCCUUUUUAUUCUUCUCUUUGCUAAUUGGACAGUGGAGAUAAAAUGGGGCUACGGGGAGUUUUAAUCUCCUUUCAGAUCCGCAUGAUGAUUCUUCUCAGGAUCCUAGCCUGAGGGCUUUAAGCCAGGAUCAUUAGAAAGUGUUCAACAGUCGUCCAGAGAGUGUCCGAGUAUUUUAUCCUGCUCCUUUUGCUAUCUCUCUGUUAGUGAUUUAAUGUUUUGUCAAGGCCUGUAGUGAUUUUAGCUGACUGUGAGAAAGGAGAAUUUAGAGCCUGGAGGGUCUGUUGUGAGAUUGUACAUUUACACAACCAGAAGAGUUGAGAAGAGAAGACUGAUUAGAUGCUUUCAUGUGCAUGUACUAAGCGUAGUCUUACACGAACGAGUACAUUUCAGUAAGACCUCGAUAAAAUAUAAUUUACUACUGGGAUCAGCCAUAUUUAGCUUAGCAGCUAUCCGUUGUUUCAGGGCUAACUGCCUACUCUGUACAAUAACUGCAUUAUUUUAUUUAAUAGGAUGGUUAAGACUUCUUCUGCCAACAUUAUUUGAAGUCAGGUUCAUACUCUGCAGGCCACUUUGGAGUUUUCCAAGCUUGCACACUUAGAGAUGUCUAUCUGGUUGGGUAUUUCACUAAUUUAUUCUUAUUUUUCACUUUUCACCCUCAAUUUUUGUGAUGUGAAAUCACACAUUUUAGGGUAAAAGUACAACCACAUGUUGAGUUUAUGGAAAAUCUACCUUGAUGAUGUCAUUUUUAUUAAAUGAAGCAAUGAUGUUGUUAUUGUUCUUUGAUUUUAUUGUUCUAAUAAUUGAGAUUUUUUUUUAUUGAUCAGAAAGAUUUUUCUUGAUGUAAAUCUGUUGGAAGCAGCAAAGACUGAUCAUUCUGAAACAUGGCCUCAGCAAGGGAUGAACUUGAAUGAAUUUUAAUUCAAACUACUUAAAAGUUCGUCCCUGUUAUACAUUUAUAUAUGUUCUAUAUAUUACUGUGCACUUUCUCUGCCUCUGCGAAGGAAAGACCUUGACUUUAUGAUUGUCUUUUUGACUUGCGCUGGAUUUGACUGUGUUGCACUUCAAGCUAAUUAAAUAUUGAACUACAGAGAAACAUACAAAGCCAAUAGUGGCACCCAAUCAAAUAAUUAAAUAAGUAAAUUCUCAACAAGCAAACAUCUGAGAAUAAAUACACUCCAUUUAGCAUAGGAUUUGUUGGUUGCUGUAAUAUUUGAAUUGAAACUUAAUUGAGUCUCUUCCUUUUGUUUAGUCUCUGAUUGGGUUUGGAAGUCAAUUUUGGGUCAAUUUUAAACAAUUAAAGAUGUGAUUGAGUCACUUCUUUAAUUUCAAGGAGAUUACCUCAUAUUAAAUCCAUGAGCAAAUAUUUUAAUUUCACAGAUCUAAUUUUAAAGUAUAAAUCUGUUACUAUUAUUUACAGAUGAGAAGAGUAUUAGAAGUUCAUAAAGCUUGCUUUUAGAAGGUAUAAUCUGGAUGUUAAAAUUGUCUCAUAGAAAAAUGACCUUAUCUAACUGAGGAAAUGAGGCUCUGUAUCUUUUUUCAUAUCUACUAAAUUAGUUUUUCACCUCUUGUCUCUUGAAUAUCUAUUAAGGUUUCACUUCAUAAUGUGUUUUUGGUUCCUUUGCCACAGCAAUAAAUGAUUAUCAGCUGCCCAGAUAUUGCUCAAUUUUUUACCUCAGGAUUGUAAUAUCAAUUUCCUUGAAUAAAACUGAAUUGAAGCAGAAUUGCGCUUCCAAACCCUUCAAAGCCUUGCACCUCGGCCUGCCUCAGAAAUAUAAUGUGGUAUUUUAGCUUGUUGAAUUUCAUGGUCUUGGAAUAAAAAGAAAAUAUAUUGUGGGGAAUGUGAUGGUAAUAAAAGCGAUAUUUUUCUAUGAA